GUUUGGUAAUUGACAGCUGAUUCACCGAAAACAAAUCAAUUGCUGAUUAGAGAAAAGUAUUGCACGAUUGAUUUUUAGUAAAUUAAACAUAGUUGGCACUUAAUUAUUAAAAUAAGAACACACUUAAACACAAACUAAACUCUGCAAAUAACGUGGAACAUACAGAAAGUCCUUAUACGCCGUUUGUAUUUCCGCAUAGGUGCACAAAGUAAAAUGGAGCAACUAUCUGGUGUUAUGAUUAUCAUCAUAAUUGGUGGUGGUGUGCUGACUUUUGUGAUGCUAUUUAUUUUUGCAAAACGCCAAAUAAUGCGAUUUACCUUGCGAAGUCGACGCGGACCACAUGUACCUAUAGGCAAUGAUGCGAAGAAGACGCUGCGAAGGGAGAUCGAACGCCGUCUUGAUUGUAUACAAAAAAUAACGCAAGAACCCAGACUGCUUUGGAAUGAUGACAAGUAUAUUUUGCGCACGGAUCAACCUAUCCCACCCUACUAUUAUCGCAUGAAAGCUGUUGAUGAUGUGAAAAUAUUAGAAACCGAGAUUAUGCGCAGCGAUGGUAGUAUGCGGCAUCCGUAUGACAGUUUGCGUGCUUUUCUACUCACCACACUGGCCGCUACCACACUGAAUGGCUCCGGACAGCAACGCAUGAUACAUCAAUUUUGCGAUAUGUACGAACAUGCACGUCACGACCCUAAUGAAUUCGGUAGUGAGGAAUAUGAAUCUUAUCAUCGUUUGUUACUAAAACUGAUUGAAGCCGCUAAGCAACUGAAGUCCUUGAUCAGCUCGCGCAAAACUUCACCAGCACGAACGCCCAAAAAACAAACUAAAAUGCAUUCACUACUAGAUCCGGCACGAUUACGGCCACCUGCUACCACACCUAAGCUACCGACAAAUGCGGGUUUACCUGUAGGACAACAAUCUAAAGUGAAUUUAACACUAGGACUACAGGGACGUGACAUGGAUGCUGUAGAUAUAGCUCCAAAUCCUUUACAUUUGCAACCAGCGGCCGAGCGGGAUAUCAUAAUUCGCAAUCGCAUUAAAACACCUACAUUAGAUGACGAGGAGGAUGAGGAAAUUGAUAAUUUAGGUGGCAGCGAAAGCCGUGCUAGAGACUCUGUGCGCAUCGAAGAUAUUGACGGUGAAGACAAUGAAGUAAUGAGUAUUUCAUCGGUACAAUUUCAAAGUAAUUCAAAUGUUGUUUGAUUGCUUGAGUAUGCGGGGCGUGCGCGUCACCUGACUAGCGCAUUAAGGCGCCUGCUACCAAAAUGAAAGGAUGCGAGAAGGCAAAGUUGACACUUGAAUGCAUUAAAGAAGAAAUACUAUGCAGAAGUAUGAUAAGAAACUAACGAAAUAUUAUAUGACAUUCCUUAUCAGCGCCAAUCUCAUAUUCCCGCUCAAAGCCAAAAUUAUCAAUUGUAGAAAUUUAGGUACUAAAUGGGAAUUUAAUACUUUUAAGACUAAGGUUUGCAUUAAAAAAUGUGCAUAAUGCAAGUAUGCAAGUGUAAUUUCAGAAAUUAAUAUAGUUGAUAAAUUAACGUUAAUUCUAGUAAUAUGCAUAUGUAUAUACAUAAAUACUGUUAAAAUUAAGGGGUUAUAUACAGUUAGAAUUUUAAAAAAAUCGUUUAAUGUAGAUACAUAUAUUUAAAAAUACACACAGAAAAUUUAA